AUGAGACCACUUACCUCUUUGACCAAAACUUCUGCAUUCUCGACCUCAUCUUCGUCUUAUGCUCCCAUCAACGUCAAAAAUAUCACUGUUUUUGGUUCGGGAUUGAUGGGUGCAGGUAUUGUCCAAGUUGCCGCCCAGAAUGCCUUCAAUGUCACCAUGGUUGACUUGAACACCGAAGCGCUCAAGAAAGGUCAGGACAUCAUCAACUCCUCACUCAAACGUGUUGCCAAGAAACAAUUCCCCGAUGAUGCAGAGAAGCAGAAGGAGUACAUUGACAAGACUUUGGCUCAGAUCAAGACCAGCACUGAUUCUGAGGCUGCCUCCAAGGACGCAGAUCUGAUCAUUGAGGCUAUUGUUGAAAACCUGAAGACCAAGCAACAGCUGUUUGCCAUGUUGGACAAGGUUGCACCUGAGCACACUCUGUUCUGUUCCAAUACCUCUUCGCUGCCCAUCGCAGAUAUUGCCAAGGCUACAAAGAGAUCAGAUCGCUUUGGAGGAUUGCAUUUCUUUAACCCUGUCCCUCAGAUGAAGCUUGUCGAAGUAAUCCGUACAGAGUCUACCAGCCAAGAUUCAUUUGACUCUCUCGUGGAUGUCUGCAAUCGCAUGAAGAAGACCCCUGUUUCUUGCAAGGACACUCCUGGAUUCAUUGUUAAUCGUCUCUUGGUUCCCUACAUGAUGGAAUCGCUUCGCAUUGUCGAACGUGGUGAAGCCACUCCUCAAGAUGUUGACAUUGCCAUGAAGCUUGGAGCUGGAUUCCCCAUGGGCCCCUUUGAGCUUGCUGACUUUGUCGGUUUGGAUACCAUGAAGUUCAUUGUUGACGGCUGGCGUAAGGAUGGUAAGAUUGACGCCAAUUUGGUUGCGCCUGUCAAACUCCUUGAUGAUUUGGUUGCCCAAGGCCACUUAGGCCGCAAGUCUGGAAAGGGUUUCUAUCCUUACCAGGGUGUCGGAGGCAAGCAGUGA